GCAAUACAAAGGCAAAAACAAGAAGUCAAGUAAUCAAGUAAUUGAAGUCAAUCACUUAGUUGACUUGUUGUUUGUUUGCUGGCCAAAUAGAGGGUUUCUCUCUGGCCAAACAGAGGGCUUCUACUUCUAGCCUUCUAGACUAUCUUGUAUCUUCAGUCACAGAGUCAAUGAACACGGUUGAUAACACACUUACUUAUAGGUCAAUGACCGUCUUCUUGAUUUGCUAUUUAGGCGACAGUUGAAAGGGGCGAAACUGUCAGUUUCCAAGACGGUCUGUAAAAAUAGUUUUGUUUCAUAUUCAGUACGUCUUGGGACUAGUAAUUUCUUUCCAGAUUCCAGCACAUUAUACAUCGAAAAGAGUCUCUGUUGACUGCGUGUUUAAAGCCAUGAUUGAUCCAGUGAUACUUGUGCAUGGCGGAGCCGGAGACAUCCCUGAAUGGCGAGUUCCGCUAAAGUUGCAUGGUGUUCGAAAAGCUGCCAGAGCUGGAUAUGUCAGUUUGUCAAAGGAUGAAUGCUCCGCGUUGGAUGCUGUAGAAGCUGCCGUUAAAGUAAUGGAGGACGACGAAGCCUUCAAUGCGGGUAAAGGAUCCGUUCUAACGAUUAAAGGAACGAUUGAAAUGGAUGCCAUAAUCAUGGAAGGAAAAAACUUGAAAACAGGUGCUGUUGCUGGUUUAAGUAAUGUUUCCAAUCCGGUCACAGUUGCUAGACUCGUGAUGGAUAGCACACCUCACAUUUUUCUAGCUGGCCCAGGUGCUAAUUCAUUUGCUCGGGAAAAAGGAGUACCGUUUGCAUCUGACGACGAAUUAAUUACAGACUUUGCUCGUGAGGCGCUGGAUGAUUUUAUCCAUGGCAGAGGAGAAGCUACCAGUGAACUUGGCCAGGAAAGCAAACAUGGGACUGUUGGAGCGGUAGCGAUAGAUCGCUAUGGCCGUAUGGCUUGCGCAACAUCGACUGGAGGAAUGACCGGCAAACUUCCAGGAAGAGUUGGAGAUACUCCACUUGUCGGAGCUGGAGGAUAUUGUGAUGACGCUGGAGGGGCUUCAUCUGCAACAGGUCACGGGGAAUCAAUCGCCAAAGUAUGUCUAUGUCAUCAUAUAAUUGGAUUAAUGCAAUCUGGUUUGGGUCCGAAAGAGGCAACACAACGUGCUCUAACAAACAUGCAAAAUAGAACUGGAGGAACCGCUGGGGCGAUAACUCUUUCAAAUAAAGGUCAAGUAGGUAUACAUUUCAAUUCCAAGCGUAUGGCUUGGGCGUACGUAAGAAAUGGAGAAGUCCAUUCCGGAAUUAAUCCAGAUGAAGAUGAAAUUGAAUUACUUUGAAUACGUGCAAUAUGAGAAUAAUAAACUGGUGUAGACUA